AGGGGGGUACGCGGAGGCUGCAGCUCUGGAGCACCAAGGGGGACGUGCUCGCUGGCUUUGCUGCUGCUCCCUGGCUUCUCUGUGUCUGACGGUGCAGGGAAAGACCUCGUGCAAAGGAUGUCCAACUGUGUGCCUUCCUGUGCUCCUCCUGGAGGUCCUGGCUGGCUGGACCCUUCAGUUCUUUAGCCCUGUCUCUGUCCCCAUCUCCUGCUGCUGCUGAAUGGAUGCCCCCUAACCCUCACAAAGGGAUCCUGGAUCUGGUUCCUCACUUUGUGUCUGGGACCAUUGAUGGACCCUGUUACCAGCACCUGGCACUGCCCCUGAUGCUCAGACCCUGUGAGACCUCAUCUCACAGGGUGAUGUGUGAGAGGCACAGUUACUCCUGUGAAGCAGAGACUCUGCAGACUCCAUCCCCUCUGGUUUGAGAACUGGAUUGUGACUUACGAAACGUCUGUCACUGCUCGGCGUGGUGGUUUUUCUAUGAAAUGUUGCGUAAGCAUGCUCACGCUUAGGGCAGCCUCUGGUCAAGCUAAAGUACCCCCACUUCAGAAAUGCUGGCUUAGCAGAAAUGCAGGAUGUCCCCUUAGCUGCUUUGGCUCUCUGGUUCUGCUGUGCGGCUGUGGUUCUUCCAUACUUUCUCUUUGCUUAAUCUCCACUUUUAUGAGGAGUUUGUCCCUAUUCAUGUCACUGCAAGGGCUGCUCUUGUAGCUGAAUUCCCCCUUGGCUACACACAGUGGUUGUCAGGACUCUCCAGGGUCAUACCUCUUCAGUGACCACCUUGGGCGACAGAGGAAGCUUCAUUUCUGAAAGCAUCCUUGAAUUCUGCCAGGUAAGCUACAAGGGCACAAAGCAAAAAAUUUAAAAAAAUAUAGAAAGAAGCCUUUCCUUUCCCCAAAAGUAAAAGAAUAAACAUCAAUGGGUUUCCAGGGAGUUGUGAUCAUCUGGCUGCAAUAGCAAUGGCUUGAAAACCUGAGAAAGGGGAAGCAGAGCAUCUCAGGCCAGUUCUUCUGCAAGGCAGAGCUUCAGAUAAGCAAGCACAACCCUGCAGAAGCAGGCCCCCCACUGGUAUUUUUACUUCUCAAGGUCCUCUCCAUUCAGAGCAGUCUCUCCUCUCUUCCCUGACCCUGGCUGCCGGGUGCCCCUGUGCUAGUUCAGUCACUAGCACUAUGUGCUGCCCUGGCCACCCACCCAAAGCAUCCCCCAUAGCUGAGGAGUGGGCGGGUGAAGCCCCAGGCCAUGGGGAGACAUGCCAUGGGCUUGCAGCAAGACCAUGCCUAUCCACCCACAAAAUCCUUCUGCAUUGAUCAGGGUGUAGCCCUUGGAUGGUGGUUUUGCCCCAGGCGUGGUUAGGGCAGGCUGUGCGCUGCCUCGGUCUGUGGCUGCAGGGGAGCCUGUGCUCCCCCAGCUUGAGGACGUGUGCCAUAGAUAUGACAUAUCAUGCUACCUACGCUUGGUGGCCCUGCUCCUGUGCAUGCCACAGGCAAGACGAAAGUGUAUCAAGAGCAGCAAUAUGGCCCAUGUCCCCAGCUCAGUGUUGCCUGUUUGGCUGCAGCUCACAGGGUGGAGUGCUCUCCAAAAGGCUGCCUGCUGGGAUGGUCUCUGUAGGAUGGGAGGCUAUUCUGCUACCAGCAGCCAUCGCCCAGGUUUGGGGAGAGGCUCCUGGAGAGAGGCACGUGAGUCUACAAGAAUGGAGCCCGGGGCAGAGCGGAGGUGGCUGAGAAGGGAAGGGAGCACCUGCAAAACUGUGGGAGAAAGGAAGGAUGCUUUUGGGGAUCAGAAGGAGGACACAAGUUUAUCACAGCCCAGAGAGACAGAGUCACUGGGUGAACACAUGCAGGAAGGAACUGCAGGUUGUGGGACCUGUUCAGAAAUGCUUUAUUUUCAGUCCUCUGGUGGCUACAUGGCAUGGGUGGCUUCAUGCCAGCUCCUCAUAGGCCAAGCCAUGCUUUUGAAAUGUAGGGACUCCAUCUCUCCACAGGAGCUGAGCCAGAGCACAGCAGCUACAGGGGUCUGAGUACGUAUUUUAAUAAUUUCUGCUAGGUUGGGAAGAGCCUCAGCAUACUCUGCCUGGGCUGCUUGAGCCUUCAUCAGCAGGAAAUAUGUCUCCUACUGCGUCUGGGGUUGAGGAGACCUGGGCAUGACCAGAGCAGUUCUCAGCAUUGGGUGGUUUUCCUCAAAGUUUUUUAAAAGGCACCCAGGGAUGACACAGUCCCAGGUGUAAUGUCCUGCUCAAAAGUCCUGCUCUGCCCUGAAACCAAGGGGCUAAGGAGGCCUCAUCUGCAAGGGAGGACUUGGCUGCACCUCCUUCUCCUUUCAUCCCACGUUUCCCAGCUAUAAAUUAUGAUUUUUCAUGGAAACAGCUUGGAAUGUGAUGCAGUUCUGGCAGUAUUUGACAUCUUGCAGCUUUCGAGCUGCAGAGGGCUGGUGGCAGUAGCGGUCACUGUGUUUCUGCUUAAUGCUUCUCGGGGAGUUCACAAGUCAUCUGACCGUCUCCAUGUUUAUGUUGGCUUUGGGGCUGAAAAGUGACUUUGCAUGGAAAGCUGGGCUUUACCUUUCCUAUCACUGCAAAUCCCCUUUCCAUGGGUUUGGGAGCCCUCGAGUUUACACCUCUGUGGAGGAGGAUUUCACUUCCCUUGUGGUCCCUGCGGCUUUCCACAGACCCAUCUUGUGAAUGCAGAAGUCACCGAAGUCUGUUCAGUCUUUCUAGAUAUCAUUUUGGUUGGUAACAUUGAAGAUCCCACGUGAUAUGGAAAUCCCCUUGGCCGAAGAACACAUACAGGGCUUUUACUUGAAUUUGGUUGAAAUUCUUUGGAAAAGGGCUGAUGUGUGGUGGGGUUGGAGAGGAUAAAUUGCAGGACCUGCUUGCCUGAGCUCACAGUUGAGCUCCUCUGAAGAGGCAGAGCAGCAUCCUGCGAGGAAGAGCCCUCACACAGCCACCAUGCUCAAUACAAGGACAGUCCUGGUGCUUGUGAUGCUACUCACCCUCUCCCCACGCUGUGAUGCAGCCCCUCACACACCAUCUGAGUGCUGUUUCAACUAUGUAAAGAACCCUGUCCAGAAGGCUGUCCUGAAGAGUUUCUACAAAACUCCCACGGAUUGUUUCAACCCAGCAAUUGUGUUUGAGACCAGGAACGGGGCCAAGAUCUGUGCAAACCCAGAGUCACCUUGGGUGGAGAAAGCAGUUAUGAAGCUCCAAAAAACGAAAGGUCUUCAUGCCCCAUGAUGUAGACUGGGUGCCCUGCUUCAGACAACUCAACAUCCCAGUGGGAAGGAAGGUUUAUAGUCAUCCUGCUGAAAAGGCCUGCGGAGGUCCCUGAUGCUGAGGGAUAGAACUGCCUCCCCAGAGCCCUGCAUUGACCAUGUAGGCACCCGCUCCUGGGGUACUGCCAGCCCUGCCAGUAUCUGCCCGCUGAGCACAGCCACAAAAUAAAG